AUGGCUGAGAAAGAAGGCUCCGCUGUGCCACCCCAGGCAAAGGGCUCUUGGUCGAGCUUCCUCAAGUCCAUCGCAUCCUUCAAUGGCGACCUCUCCACCAUGACGGCGCCUGCCUUUAUCCUCUCGACAAAAUCUCUUACCGAGUUCUCGUCAUACUGGACCGAACACCCCUCCGUCUUCGUCGCACCUGCAGCCGAGAAGGACCCUGCCAAACGGGCCAUGCUAGUGCUGAAGUGGUUCCUGAGCACAUUGAAGCAGCAGUAUGCGAGUCGGUCAGAGAAGCUGGGCAGCGAGAAGAAGCCGCUCAACCCUUUCCUGGGAGAGCUUUUCUUGGGCAAGUGGGAGGACCAGGCAGGCACAACCCAGCUUGUCAGUGAGCAAGUCAGUCAUCACCCACCCGUCACGGCUUACUCUAUCUGGAACGACCAACACGGCGUCCGCCUAGAGGGUUACAACGCGCAAAAGGCGUCGUUUAAGACGACCAUCAAUGUCAAGCAAAUCGGCCACGCAAUGCUGCACCUAGACGCCUACAAUGAAAGCUACCUCAUUACCCUCCCUGCGCUCCACAUCGAAGGCCUCAUCACAGGCUCACCCUACGUCGAGCUCAACAGCAGCACUUACAUUCAGUCGUCUACCGGAUACACCGCGCGCAUCGAUUACAGCGGCAAGGGCUGGGUCUCUGGAAAGAAGAACAGCUUCACCGCCGUCCUAUACCCAGAGGGCAAAGAGAAGGAGGCCAUCUACAAAGCCGAUGGCCAGUGGACCGACUCUUUCCAAAUCAAGGAUGCCAAGACCAAAGCCGUCGUCGACACUUUUGACCACAAGGCUGUGAAAACGACGCCCCUGACCGUCGCAGACAUUGAGCAGCAAGACGACUUUGAAACCCGGCGCGCAUGGAAAAAAGUCAGCGACGCGAUUAACAAGGGUAAUAUGGACUUGACGUCGUCGGAAAAAACUAUCAUUGAGACGCGCCAGCGCGAGAUGCGUCAGCAAGAAAAGGAUGCAGGCAAGGAGUGGGAGCGCAAGUUCUUCUCGCGCGCGCCGCAGUACCCCUUGUUUGAACAACUGGCCAAGAAGAUUGGCGAGGGCAUCAAUGAUGGCCAGACUAAUGGUGUUUGGAGUUUUGAUAAGCAGAAGGCGGAUGCCGCCAAGUCGCCAUUCCACCCGGAUGUUGUGCCCCCGAUUUAUGAGAGAAAGUAA